AUUUGAGUACCACCAACGGGUGAGCCAGCACGUCGGUAUGGAUUCGAGGAUUGUGGGUGCCUGGUCUCUGAGACCACCAUAGUUCGAGGCCGCGCGUCGGAAGACGAUAACCUCUGGGAAGAGUAAUCGAAAAUGGUCCCGUAACACUACCGUGGCUGUAUGAAGCGGUGAACUUGUACACAGCAGCUUACGUAUGAGGUGACAAUGGAGCCGUCGUCUUCGGACUACAGCGACGAGGAGGUGGGCGUGGUGGCGCGCGGGCAGAAACUAUGGGUGCGUGGCGUGCGCGCGCAUACCACGUGCGCGGAUAUCGUGCGCGCGUUGCAAGAUGCGCCUGAAGCCGGCAGCGGAGUCUGCGACCCUAACGAGUGGGUGCUGGCAGAGAGGUGGCGAGGGGUGGAGCGACCGUUGCCACCAGACGUGCCGGUACUCCACGUAUUGGCUGCUUGGGGAGACGCCAGGCACGAGGUCCGCCUCUCCCUCCGAAGAGUAUCCAGUGGGGGGGAAGACGACUCCGGCCGAGACAGCGACGGCGGCAGCCGAGCGGCGGGCCGGCGGCGGCGGCGGCGGGGCGUCCGCGCCGGAACCCCGCCGCCCAGAGCCAAGAGCGAAGACCCGGCGGCCAGGCUCGUCUCCGUCAUACAGCACCAGAGCAAGACCAUACACCAGCAGCUGGAUAAGUUGAGAGAACAAGAAAAACUCAUCGACCAACUCGAAGACCAGACACACAAGAGUCGGAUGGAGAAACACGGCACCAACUAUCUCCUGGAAUCCUACCUUCGCGACCUGGGCCGCUGCAGCGAAGUCAACGACAGCCAAGCCGGGAACAGCGACAGUGGUGUAGGAGUCGGCAGCGGCACCCCACCCAGACGGCACACCAAGCACAAAUCCAGAAGAGAACGGCACCUCAUGAGAGAACACUACUUCACGAAAGAACUUACCGACAUUUGCCAAGUGAACUCAGAAAGGCUCAUGCAGACUCAUAACGAUACCGACUCCGAUGCAUCUGCCGACGAGCUGACCAGGAUACGGGAAGAAAUCGAACUGCUGGAGAAACUCGCUAUCAUAAACAAAAGACUGCACCGCGAGGAGGAGUUAGUGGUCCGAUUGACGGCGAAGGUAAAGCGAUACAUGGACGAAAACAAAGCGAACAGCUGCGAAAACGUCACGCAGGUCACGAUGCUCAUCGACAAAAUAGAGGAGGAGUUAGAGAAGACUGCGAAAGAGAUGCACGAUAACGCGGUUGAGUUAGCACACGCCGACAAAGAAAUAGAAGUGAGGAUGAAGUUGCUAGAUGAACUGACGCUGGAAUUGGAAGAAGAGGAGCUACAGAACACUGUUCUAGAGAGACAGCUCAACGAGGCGUCGAGCCGACAGCCUAUAGUCCUGCAAGAUAGCUACGUACCUGUUCUAGACCAAGUCAAUGUCUGCCAGUUCUCCCACGGCGCAGGCUAUGUCUUAGAUACCCUCGUAUGACGUAAGAUUAAUACAAAAUUCGUCCCAAAGAUGUACUGACACUUACCAAUUGUAAAUAUCGCUCUAAAAGAUGAGUGUGUUGAAUGAACUAAAGUAUAUGACUAUUUUGCUUCUUGAAAGACUCCAGAUCUAAAUACACACUCAUCACAUUGAUCUCCCAGGAGGACAGUGAUUUAAUCCAAAACGAAUAUACCCCAAAAUAAAUAUUAUAUCUUGUAUUGUUAAUGUAAAUAUUAUAUCUAACAUUUAGACAAUAAACUUGGUGCUAAGUAAUAAACAGUAACGAUUAGUUUUACAAAUUUAUAUUCGAGUCUGAUGCCAAAAAGUAUGACAAAACCACCAAUUGCAGUAUAUUUAGUUAGGCUAGUCAACCCGACAUCGGUUUGUCUUUUUUAACUUUUCUUGUGAUUUUAACCAAUAUAGUUAUGUAAAUAAGUUCUAACGAAUAUAUCGGUGCAAUCUUGUUUUUAAUGACAAGUUUAUGUAAUAAAUAACAUUUUCUUAA